GCUUCUGGCUGCUUGCAACCCGCUUGCGAUUCUCAACCUCCCGGACUUCCGCCCACGCCCAUCCAUUCCAAACCCACCCCUUCUCGAGCCUUCGAUCUCUUGUAGCUCAGUUUGCCGACCACCUACUGCCCCUGUUUGGGACUCUGCGUCUGCGUGCGGCAAAACAAACCUCAUCCACCAAGUCCGCCCAGCCGCCUCUUUAGUGUAGGCUAUCUCACCGAAUAGCUGUUGUCGAGAUUACCGAGUUCAGCGCCAUAAAGCGCAUUAAGCCGGCAAACUGGAGUCCGCAGUAGCAGCCAUGUUUGUCCUCCCUCCACCGCCGAGGUAUCCAAGCCAGGCGGGAUACGGACUCGUCCCUGGCUAUGUUGCGCCCAUGAUAGAGACCAACAAUAUCCUGACGCACCCUUCAGGGCCCGAGUACCAAUUCCUAGUUGGAGAGGGCCUGUACACUCUCAAGGAAGACCUGCAUCUUGCAACCCCCCCACCACAUCCAUCCGAAGCUCCAGUCAUCAAUCCGAAUCCGCUCGCGACCACCCCCCAACCUGCUACUGCCGGCACGAGCCUUUCCAUUGUCAACCUCGGUGUACGCCCGCCACCGCCAGGCUUAUUUAGGGUUGGUUCUCGAGCAUAUGGAGUGCAGCAGAGCAUCCAAGAACAUCCAGAUGAAAGCCGGUCGUCUUCCGGGGUACGUGGCAGCAGCGAGGGUGCUCGCGCCGCUUCCAGCGAUGCCGGCGCCAUCUUCUCCAGCACGCCAGCUUUUGGCGAGGGAAACACACUUUUAGCUCAAACAAACCACAAGGACAAUAAACGAAAGAAGCCAAAGAACAGUAUGACAAAAAGCAACUCUUCGUUUAUCUCCCGGGUUAUCGUCCACGAAUCUCUACACAAGAGGUUAAACGAUCGACCAGCAGACGGCCUCUUUGCGUUUGCCAACAUUAACCGAGCCUUUCAAUGGCUGGAUCUUUCUUCGGCCUCCAAGGCCGACUACUUGACCAAAAUUCUCUUUACUAAAGCGCAUUGUCUCUGCCACGAUGUCAACAGGUUGACCAAGAAUUCGUCACAUAUCGAUGUGAUUAUGGGCUUCUCUACCGGCGAAAUAAUCUGGUGGGAACCAAUAUCGCAACGGUAUACUCGUUUAAACAAGAAGGGCAUCAUCAACAAGACUCCGGUAUCCACAAUUCAAUGGAUCCCUGGAUCAGAAAACCUCUUUCUGGCAGCGCACAUGGAUGGAACAUUAGUCGUGUGCGACAAGGAGAAAGAAGAUGCCGGUUUUUCGCUGGAAGACGAGGCCGCCACUCGUGCCAGCGGGGACAGCAAUGGUGUCCCUAACGGCAGCAAGGGUUGCAAUUACACCAGCCAGAUCCAUGUGCACAAGUCUGUUCACUCCAAGAACCAGAAAACGAAUCCAGUGGCUGUGUGGAAGCUUUCAAACCAUCGUAUCAACGCAUUCGCCUUCUCUCCCGACCACCGGCAUCUCGCGGUAGUUUCAGAAGACGGCACGUUGAGGAUAAUCGACUAUCUGAAGGAAGAGUUAGUUGACCUUUUUUACUCUUAUUAUGGCGGCUUAAUGUGCGUCUGCUGGUCCCCCGACGGCAAAUAUGUCCUUACCGGCGGUCAGGAUGACCUCAUUUCUAUCUGGUGUAUUUCUGAAUCUGCCCUCAUUGCCAGGUGCCAAGGCCAUCAUUCUUGGGUAACCUCAGUGGCUUUUGACCCCUGGCAGUGCGACGGAAAGAACUACCGCUUUGGCAGUGUUGGCGAGGACUGUCGGUUGUGCCUGUGGGAUUUUAGUGUCGGCAUGUUGCACCGGCCCAAAGCCGCAUCAGUAAGACAGCGAGGAUCCUCUUUCUCGUCCCGUUUCGUAUCUCUUCAAAGGGCCGAAACGCAGAAUACGACGACUAGUAAUCGCCUGCGAUCGGAUUCAAACCUGUCGAGUUCGGGAGACGCGGGCGCUGCUGAGGAGACACAACCGGCGACCACCACUCUGGAGCAAAAGGUCGAACCGCAUCCCGUGGAGCCGAGGGCGAGAACGGCCAUGUUACCCCCUGUUCUGAGCAAAAUAAUUGACGACGACCCGCUUUGUUGGCUUGACUUUACCAAGGACGCUAUCGUGACAAGUUGCAAGUCUGGUCAUGUCCGAACAUGGAAUCGCCCGUCAGACGACUUGUCUACGCCGUCUCAGUCCCAGCAUGGAAAUGAUAACUAGGAGACAUGUUUUCAUGUGCUUAUCAGGUGCAAUAAGGUAUAUGUUGAUGUCAUCCCCCUUUUUUUCUCCUCUUUUUUUUCUUCUUCUCUUUUUCCUUCCUUUCAUCUCUCCCUGGGAUUAUUUCAAACGUUCAAGAAGUUUUGCAUCCUACUGGCCAUUUAUUUUCUGGUGUUACGUAAGAGGGUGAUUGAUGGAGGUGUCGAAUAUUCACUUCUUGUGCAUUGUAUAUACAUUAGAUCUGUAGCAAGCGAUGAGGGAAAGGGGACGUUUUUGGAAACAUUGUCAGUAGUAGAUGGUGGUCAGCUGCGGUCUUAUUGGAUACCAUCAAAUCGUACUGGCGCAGUCAACGAGCAUCAACUCGG